AAGACUUUCUCCAGAAGAAAGUGCAUCUGGAAAGUAUUGAUAGCGCUUCCCUUUUCCAUAUUUUUUGGUUACAAUCUUAUUCCUAAAUUAAUUAAAUUUAUUACCUCAACAUUCCACACACAAUAUCCCAUAAUGACAUUGUGAAAAAAAAGAGUUUUGAAAUUGUUGCAAAUUUAAUACAAAUAAAAGUUCUGAAAUGUCACAUGUACAUCAGAAUCCACAUCCACUAGGGCAUUCCUGUCCAAUAAUAAUUUCCACUUUAUCUUCACAUUAGUGAAGGCUGACAGAUCUUACAAGUGUUGGCUACACACUGGUGGUGGUUGAAAAAAAAAAUCUGUAAAGACCUUUGAUUGCCCAGAGAAUCGCUAUAUAAAUGUAAAAUAAAGAUGAAUUGCUUUAAACAUGCAAUAGCAAAUAUGCUCAUUGGUCAGCCAGUGAGAAUUCAUGGGUUUGAGAACUAUUUUUGUGAGGUGUGAAGAACAGAUAUUUGGAUGAAAUGUUUCAAAAGAUGUUCUUCAUGGAGCUAUCCUCAGCAAUAAAGGACCUUUAUUUUAAGUGUGUAGCUUCACUCUUUAGUAUUUGUGUCUCAGAGCACUCCAUUAAUUAACACUGAUUAUCUCAGAUUGUGGAAAAACAAGCAACUGCAUGAAUGAUCAGUAAUAAACAUGUUUGUUGUUUCAGUGUCUGAGGAGUUGAGGAUUGUGCUGCUGGGCUCAGAUGCAGCUGUUAAAGCCUCCUGUGGAAACACCAUAUUUGGUCGACAGGUGUUUUCAGAGUCGCCGCCUUCACCGCAUUUAUUCGAGAGGCAUGAUGGGAUGGUUUUAAAAAGACGUUUGGUGAUCAUCAACACUCCUGAUCUGUUUAGUCCUCCUGUCUCUCCUGAAGAACAGGACCUGAAGAAGUUUUUCCAUCUGUCCUGUCCUGAACCUCACGCCCUCUUACUGGUCCUAAAACCUGGCACAAUUACAAAGCAGGACAGAGAUACCCUCCAACUCAUUACAACUGUUUUUGGCACAGGGGCGUUUGAAUAUGUGAUCGUGGUCUUCAUGCUCGAGGAGCAGAUGGAGUAUGUGAGCAUUACAGACACUGACAGCAGAUCAGAGAAGCCUCUGCUGCAGAUCUCCAAAUGUCCACACCAUAAUCUCCAGAGGAAUGGAGACCAGUCACAGGUGCAGAACCUUCUGGAGAUCAUUGAGGAGAUGGUGGAGGAAAACAGAGGCCAUGAUCUGAAGAUGGAUCCAAAACCUGGCCUGACCAAAACAGAGAUCAUCUGCCAAACAAUGCUCAAAAGACAUAAGAGUUUAAAGAGAGGGGCAUGCAGCAUGAUUCAUAAACCCAUUACACUGAAGUCUCAGCCCAAAUCAGAAAAUCCCAGAAAAUUAGUGCGAUCAAAAUGUGAAUUCAUCUUGUGCAGAACCUCCGUCGGCACUGAGAAGAGCUUGGAGUGUGUGAGGAUCGUUCUGGUUGGUAAAACUGGAGUGGGAAAGAGUGCAACCGGGAACACCAUCCUGGGACGCAGUGCAUUUGAGUCUCGGGCCAGAAUGACCUCUGUUACCAAGAUGUGUCAAAGAGAAAGUGGAAUUGCCUGUGGUCGACCCGUGACUGUGGUGGACACACCAGGACUCUUUGACACCAGCCUUAGUAAUGAAGUGAUCCAGCAGGAGAUCAUGAGGUGCAUUGAGCUCUCGGCUCCUGGACCACAUGUGUUUCUGCUGCUCAUCUCUAUCGGCCCGUUCACACAAGAGGAGAGAGAAACCCUUGAGCUCAUCAAGAUGACCUUUGGACAGAACGCCAAGAGCUACGCCAUGGUGCUCUUCACCAAAGGAGACAAUCUGGAUGACUCUAUUGAAGACUACAUUGAAGAUGGAGAUUCACAUGUCAAACAGCUGAUCCACGACUGUGGAGGAAGAUUUCACGUGUUCAACAAUAAACAGAAGGACCUUGCUCAGGUCGUAGGUCUGCUGAAGAAGAUCGAUAAGAUGAUGUGGGAUAAUAAAUCUAGUUUCUACAAUGAUAAAAUGUUUCAGGAGGCAGAGAGAGCACUGAGACUCGUGCAGAUCAACAGAGAGAAAGAGGAGGAGGUCAGACAGAAAAUGGAGGCCCUUAAAGCCAAAUAUGAGUCUGAAAUCAAACAAUACAAAGAAAAGCUAGAGGAAGAAAAGGGAAAGCUUAAGGUCAGAGAUCUUCUGGUCAUGGAGACAGAACAUGCACUGUUGAGAAAAUUUAAAAUGAGGCAAACAGGAGAAGCCGCAGCAACCUCCGGGACUGCACAAACACAGGAUCAAUGUGAACCUACAGCACAUGCUGAGAGAAAGAAUGAUGAUCAGAUUGAAAAGCAGGAAAAUCAGCAUUCAGAAACAACCGGUGUGGACAGAGAAAUGCCAGAAGCUGGAAGAGAAUCUAAUAAAGAGCUCAAGAAACACAAGCGAUGGAAAGGUUUUCAGUCAUUAAAAAGAGGCAAAAAGAAAAGGAAAAAGCUUGAAAAACAGUUAGAAGAAUGUAAAAUAACAGAAGCUUCAAGUGUCGAAGAGAAUGAAGAAAAGAUCAAACAUACAGCAACUGAUCAGCAAACCAGCGAGGAUUCACCUAAAAUCUCUAAAGAUGAGAAAAAUGAAGAGCAAGAACUUCUGUCUCAGCAUUAUAAGGAGAUGGAGGAUUGCAGGCAGAUAUUGGACGAGGCCAUGAGAAAGUACAAGGAGACCGCUGACAUGUAUGCUGCAGAAGUCAAGAGAAUUGAAGCCCGAAAUGCUGCAAACAUUAACAACUUUGAGAAGAAUCAUGGAAAACGCUGCGUGCUUCAAUAACAGACAUAAACAAGCUUAAUGAACAUUUCUAUUGUGGGAUGCUGUCAGUUUAAGAGUUAAAUCUUUGAAUUCGGAUGGUGAGUUUAAUGUUGCUCAUAAUCUCACAUUGUCUGCAAACUGAAUCAGAUAAUAUAGGCGAAUACUUAAUCUAAAUACCUGCGAAUGAUCAUUGUUAAUACAGUCACAACUGAGGGAACAGACUGGCCAUAAAUAAACUUUGCUAAUUUUUGCAACAUUUUUGUCAGCCAAUGAUAUAACUGUAUACAGCAGGGGUGUACUUGCACAGAAAUUCAGCCAUGGCACUCCCUAGCAUUUCCUACAAAUGUAGAUAAUGUAGAGGAAAAGUGUUUUUGUAAACUCAAUCAUAAUUUUUGUUAAGUUACUUGCUUAUGCAUGUGUAAAGGUGCUCCAGUGACAGACGCUAGAGGCUGUGGUCUUUAGCCUCCUUGUUAGAGCAACCGACUCCUAUGCAGAAGGUUGCCGAUUCAAUACCAGCUUGGAGUGGGUUGG